AGUACCGCUACCGCUAGUUUCGAUAUAUGGAUUGAAAAAUAUAGACCUAGCAAGUUAUCUGAAGUUAAAGGGAAUGAAUAUGUGAUUAGCAGAUUAAACUAUUUUACAGAAACUGGAAACAUUCCUAAUCUACUUUUAGCGGGCCCUCCUGGAACUGGAAAAACGACUAGUGUAUUGGCGCUAGCUAGAGAGCUUUUGGGACCUGUUUAUAAAAAAGCUGUUAUUGAGUUAAACGCAUCUGAUGACCGAGGAAUAGACGUUGUACGGAAUAAAAUUAAAGCAUUUACUAAAACUCGCAUUGAUCUUCCCGCGGGAAAACAUAAAAUAAUUAUAUUAGAUGAAGUAGAUUCUAUGACUGAAGGAGCUCAACAAGCUUUACGUAGAUUGAUGGAAAUGUAUACAGAUACAACUCGAUUUGCAUUAGCUUGUAACGAGUCCACCAAAAUAAUAGAACCAAUACAAAGUCGGUGCGCGAUUUUAAGAUUUUCUAAGCUAAAAGAUAAUGAAAUACUCGAACAUCUGAAAUUUAUUUGUGAAAAAGAAAAUAUACAAUACGAUGAAGAUGGUUUAAAUACUUUGGUAUUUACUGCCGAGGGAGAUAUGAGGAAUGCCAUCAAUAAUUUGCAAUCUACUGCUGCUGGAUUCAGUUUUGUGAAUAAAGAAAAUGUUAUCAAAGUUUGUGAUAUUCCGCCUCCAGAAAUAGUCAAAGUUAUUAUUAACAGUUGUAUGGAAUCUAAAUGGAGACAUGCCUUUGACACAACAUGUGAGCUUUUGACUAACGGUUAUUCCCCAAAUGACAUCGUUUCUGUAAUGAAAACUUUACUGCGAAGAAAUGACAUGGCUGAAGCCUUGUGUCUAGAAUAUUUAAAGACAGUUAGUCAGUAUCAAUAUUUAAUGUUAGACGGAGUAUCUUCCAAGUUACAGAUAAGGUGA